AUGAAAUCAUACUUGUUAGUGGAAGUGAUCUUGCGAACCAAGAUAAACUGUUUGACGGUGCACCAGUUGUUUUGGAUACUGAUGCUAAUGUUUCUAACGAGUCUGAGUCAAGAGCCAGAACAGGUUGCUGAUAGUUUGAACGACUUAGACGUAGACGAUGAUCAGGAUGAUUUGACUGAUUGGGAUUUGAAUCUUGAAGAUGUAGACGAGGGUUUAAGUGUCAUCGAUAGGCAGCAAUUAUUCCGAAAAAGUAUUGCCCAUUGGGCUGUGGACACAAACGUUUCAAGGGACAGUGUCAAUAAGCUUUUUGCUGUCUUUAGAACUGAUCCUUCCCUGUCCUUUCUCCCAAAAAAUUACAAGACACUGUUAGGAACUCCACGUAAAGUGAACACCGUCGAAGUUAGCCCCGGGCGAUACUUUGAGUUUAAUUUUCUUGAUGGUAUUACUAGUUUCUUAGACUUCUUAAAUGCGUCUUUUGAAUCUCGUGACGUCAUUCUAAAAAUCAAAAUUGGAUGUGAUGGAAUGCCUGCAAGAAAAAGUACGAAUUCCCAAUUUUGGCCAAUUCUCGGACUUAUUGUCAUGGUAGGUGCUAAGCCAUUUGAGAUUGGUUUUUAUCACGGACAUUCAAAACCUGAUCAUUUAAAUGAUUAUCUUAGACACUUUCACACUGAGAUUACAAACUUAAUUGAAAAUGGUUUUCAUUACAAAGAGAGUAACAUCAGAAUCGAGAUAGCAGGUUUCUGUUGCGACGCGCCUGCCUUAGGUUUUAUAAAAUUUGUAAAAUCUUGCAGGUCUUACUACUGCUGUAUGAAGUGCGAAACCGAAGGAGAGUUUGUUUUCAACGGAAGUGGGAGAGGUAUGAUUAAAGACGAUUUUGAACUAAUUGAUGUAUGGAUGUUGUGGCAGUGCUAUGAAGAAGAAAUUCCGGAAACUGAAAAAGAGAUGCAUCAGUACAUCGAUGGCAGACAGGAUCAGCCGUCGAAUGCUGCAUUGCGCGAUGCAGCAGAUGAAGCCGAGAACCCCUUGAACCGUCCCAAAACCCGCCCCGAAAAAAAAAUCCUUAAAGGGUUGCCUAGGGCUGUGGCCCGGACCAAAUGUGUCAGGUUUUUUGCUUAA